AUGGGCGACCACCACACCCUCGCCAGGGGCACCUUCAGGGCGUACGAGAUCCUCCACGACAAGAGCGUCCGCAUCGCCAACAAGCACGGGCGCGGCGGCCAGUCGCAGAACCGCUUCGCCAGGCUCGCCGAGGAGUCCCGCGUGCAGCACCUGAACAUCGUAUUCGACCGCAUGGCCGAGGCCUUCUUCGACGGCGAGGGGCGCUGCCUGGUCGAGCAGAUCGUGGUGGCCGGCCCCGGGCCCAUGAAGCAGCAGCUGCUCGAGCACCUGCCCGACAGGUGGGCGGAGGCCGUGGACCAGAACCCCGUGACCGUGGACCACACGGGCGUCCUCGGGAUGCACGAGCUCGUCCAGCUCCUGGAGGAGAGGUGCGCCACGGUGUCCAAGGUGGAGCAGCAGAGGCAGAGGCAGAGGAUGCGCAAGGAGGACCGGAAGGACCAGAAGGGGCAGCAGCGGGGCGGCGGACGGAAGGAGCGCCAGGAUGAGGCCAAGGAGAGAAGGAAGAGGGAGGAGGAGGAGGAGCGGCGCAGGGAGGAGCGCGAGAGGGCGCUGCAGGAGCAUCUCGAGCGGCGCAAGGGCAAAGGCAAGAAAUAUCAGAACUGA